UCGUGAUCAGGUGGCUGAUAGUUGUCUGUUCACUGCCUGGAGCAGUAGUGGCCAUGUCCUGUAGGAAAGAAACUCCGGCGUCAUGGAACAAACUUGGGCUUCUUACAUCAAUUCCUUAAAUCAGAACUCCCUGCCCAAACGAGUGGAGGUGACCGAUGGAAACUAUUUUUCAGGGUCACUAGCCCACCUGUCGUUCUCCAAAGGGGAUAUCAUUACGGUGACGGACCUCCAGCCGAUCCACGUUAGGGCAGAAGUGAAGGAUGGGGAGCAGGUUCUGGGCGUGGUCAAUAUACCUCUUGAAUACAAAGGAAACUUCCAGCUGAUUGCAGAUCCAGCUUCGUUUGAAACCGUGGCUGACUUAGUCCGUUCUGUCCGACUGCCCCAGAGUCCCGAGACUCACAGAAGUCCUCCCUGUUUCCAGAACUUAGUUCCCAUCUCCACAAAUGAUUGGCCCCUGAUGCUGAAGAAAAGAGAAAUGCUAUCCUUAAUCGGCCUCGAGGAGAGUCAUGGGAGGAAGCUGCUGCGUUGUGAGGUGAGGAAGACGGACCCUCCCCUGAGGCUGCUCCUGCCCAUGAACUGCCGGGGUCACUUCCAGGAGUGCCCGGAUGACCAGUUCUACUCCAUUGACACCAUCGUGAGGUGGAAGCUGCUUGCAGGGAGGAAACGCAAGGUUCGGAUGGAGGCAGGAUACCGUCUGAGGCUUCUUAACCCCCUGGUUCCUGCGCACUUUAGUGGCCAUCUAGUUCUGCACCCCUACUUCUCGGUGAAGGCAUACCUGCCAGGUUCGGUCCAGAUCAGCAUCCCCUCCGAUUUGGACAUCCAUAUCACUGAGAUUAGCUCCUUGGCUUGUAAGCCCUUUGCACUGAUGACAAUGAGAGAAAUAUACGGUAUGGACGCAAACAAAUUCCCAGUGAGAAUCAAAAUAAUGAGUGUGAGCCUGUCGGAGAGCAAGGCGGUCCCAAAGCCUUUGAAGAACGGGCAGCUCUUAACCAUCCUCAGGACAGAAGAGGUGAAAAAGUUCGUUGCCACGGAAAUUUCCGAAGGGAAGAAAGGGAGGUGUUUUCUCAUCCCAUACACCUAUCAGGGCCUGAUACUUAGGGGGGGUCGCUAUUUUAAUGCUGUUUCUGAUGUCGCGGCAGCCAUGCAACAAGGACAGCUCUGCUUCCAGUCUUCCAGGGACUACACCUCCUGCGUGGAGCCGUUUGCGUCUUUCUCAGCCAAUGAGAGCUUCCUGGCUCUGAAGAAGAGUGUGGUGUCUGCGCAGAUCCAUAAUGAGAUACACCGGGUGGAGGUCCUCAAGUGCCUGAACCUCACCACCAAAGCCCACGUCAAGCUGCCCUUGUUUGCAGAAGGAGAGUUCCGGGAGUUGUUUGAGGAUGCUGGACCAGGGACCAUGCAGGAGCUGUGCCAUAUCCCAAAACUGCCGUGCCACGUCAGAGUGGUGGGGCCAGAUACUUCCAUGGCUAGAGACCCUCUGUAUGGAACGGAGGAGCUGAGGGUUGAAAACAUUAUCGUGGAGCAGUGCCUCAUAGCCAAAGACGAAACUUUACCAGGGGUCUUGGAUUCUGCAGAAGACAUAUACCAGGACUUGCCAGAAGCCACGUUUGAAAUCCCAAUUGAGAAGUCAAGCUGUGAGGUGUUGGUGAUAGAAGAACGUUUUUGGGGAGCUGAUGUCGGAAAGGAGAGAUGCACGACUCUCCAGACCAUCCAGGAGAUCACUGAGGAGGAGAUGCUCACCUUUAGUAAUUGCCUGAUAUUUCCUUGCCCACCGCCACCCCUUCCAAAGCCCAGAAGUCUGUCUUAAAAUAGAAAAUAUGACUAUUAGACCUUGCUUUAUUGACAGGAUGCAGCAGCAUCAACCAAUCCCUCAGGAAUUGAGUAUUUGGGGUUCACUGGAACCGAUGUGGGGGCUCAGAGGAAAUCAGGGGUGUCACCACUACUUGUUAUUCCCACCUCUCUCAUACGUUUGCCAUAAGUUGUGUUAGCAUUCUGUUCCUGUGACAGAAUGCCCGAAUAAUAAAUUCAUGAGGAAGGCCGGGCGGUGGUGGCGCACGCAUUUAAUCCCAGCACUCGGGAGGCAGAGGCAGGCGGAUCUCUGUGAGUUCGAGGCCAGCCUGGUCUAGAAGAGCUAGUUCCAGGACAGGAACCAAAACCACAGAGAAACCCUGUCUCAAAAAUCAAAAAUAAAAUAAAAUAAAUAAAUAAAUUCAUGAGGAAAGAAGGUUCAUUUGGGCCCACAGGUUCAAAGAUGUUAGUCCAUGAUCACUUGGCCCCACUGCCCUUGGCCUGUGGCAUGGCGGCACAUUGCAGUGGGUCAAAGGUGCCCACUUCAUGAUAAGUGAGAAGCAGAAAGGCUCCACCUCCCUUUUUACAUGCCCCCCGAAACCAAACUCCCUUCAUCAAGGCUUCUCCUCUCCUUUAAUAACUUAUUGAAAUUUACUUGAUGAGUAUUGGUGUGAAGGUGUCAGAUCCCCUGGAACUGGAGUUACAGUUGUGAGUCGCCAUGUGGGUGCUGGGAAUUGAACCCGGGGUUCUCUGGAAGAGUAGCCAGUGCUCUUAACCUCUGAGCCAUCUCUCAGCCCCAAGUUCUACCCUCUCCCAAUCGCACCAUGAACCAGAGACUAAGCCUUUAACACAUGAGCCUUUCUGGGACACCUAUCCAGACCAUCGCAGCUCUGGGAGACAGGCUUUUCCCUUGGUGUGCAUGGGAAGCUGGCCUCUGAUGUUGUGGUAUGGCCACAGUACUCCUCUUUUAAUUAAAGUGAAGUUCUAUCUAUUCAGCAGGACCAUGUGUUUGUCAUUGAACACGAUUCUCCCUACGGCCCUCCAUUUGGAAUAGCUGCCUCUCACUGAUUCCAUUGUAACAGCACCCUACCCAGAGUACACACUCCAACUAAACUCUGUUGGACGGAUGAUUGAGUGCCCACUUUGGUUUGUUAGCACCUACGUCAGCCCUGGGUCGGCCUCCUUAUCCCUCUGUUAGAAAGGUGCCAUCACCCCCAGUUGCCCAAGGCAGACACAUGGAAAACUUGCCCUUACCCAUCCAACUAAUCCGUCACCGUAUCCUACCAAUUUCUACAAUUCCUGUCAAUCUCUCACCUUUCACCUUUGCCCAGUCCCAUCUCAGAUCCCUGCCUCAAUCCACGUGCUCCCUUUGUCAUUGUUAUUCUCCUAUCAAGUCCAACCACCUUCCUGUCGGUUCUCCCCAUUCUCAGAAGAGCCGGGUCUUUAAGACCAAGACAUAAAGAGAGAAAGCAACCAAAGCCCUUGGGGUAUCUCUGCUGCCUUAGGGUGAAUCCCAGCUAUCUGGAACACUUUCUAGGGGUGUUCAUACACUGCCCUCUAGUCUGCAUCGUUAUUGUGGGAACUGCAGCCCCGAGUUGAUAUCCCUGCCCCCAUUUGAGGUGCUUAUCUGCAAGGAAAACAUAAUAAAUUCCCUCUGCUCCUGGAGCGGGGAAGGAAGGAAUUUUGAGUGCAUGGUGACCGUUCCUUGAUCCCUGCCAGGGUCAGGUUACAGUCCCUUCGCAGCCCCCUUCUCAUUUGGUGCCAUGGUAUAAAGCCAGCCCCAGCAAGACAAUAAAAGAAGC